CGCACUCGUCGACCGGUAUCGUUGGUGUCGUUUCCGCUUUCAAGAAGCGAAGCGGAAACCUGCCUCUUUACUUCGUGUCUCUAUAUCUUGGAGCCCAAAUUGGACGACCCCCUCUCUUCCUCCCAUGGCGGAGGAGAGGGGAAGAAAGAUGGCGACGGCGGCGGAGGAGAACUGGAGGGGAGGAGGGGUCCCCCUCAUCGUGAAGGAGCUCGUCGCCGGGGGCGUCGCUGGAGGCGUCUCGAAGACGGCCGUCGCGCCGCUCGAGCGCGUCAAGAUCCUGUUCCAGACUAGAAGGGCAGAAUUUCAUAGCGUGGGAUUGUUGGGAUCCUUCCGGAAGAUUUUACAGACAGAAGGUUUAUUAGGGUUCUACAGGGGGAAUGGAGCUAGUGUUGCUCGAAUUGUUCCCUAUGCAGCUUUGCAUUUUAUGGCAUAUGAACAAUAUCGACGGUGGAUCAUUCUAGGUUUUCCCAAUAUUGGAAAAGGUCCUGUACUUGAUCUUAUUUCAGGGUCGAUAGCGGGAGGAACUGCAGUUAUUUUUACUUACCCUCUUGAUUUAGUACGUACAAAGCUGGCAUAUCAGGUUGUAGGAUCAUCAAGGCUGAAAAAUAGAGGACCUUAUCACUCCUCUGAACAGGUUUAUCACGGGAUCCUUGAUUGUAUUUUGAAGAUGUACAGAAAGAAUGGCUUAAGAGGCUUAUAUCGUGGUGUAGGUCCAUCAUUAUAUGGAAUCUUCCCUUAUUCUGGUCUCAAGUUUUAUUUUUAUGAGGAGUUGAAGAUGCAUGUUCCUGAAGAGCAUAAAAAGGAUGUAGUUGUGAAGCUUGCAUGUGGAUCAGUUGCUGGUUUAUUGGGGCAAACGAUAACAUACCCCCUUGAUGUUGUUAGACGACAAAUGCAGGUAUCUUGCUCAGUAGUAUACAUGUUGAACAUUACAAGCAAGAAAAAUGGAAAUGUUACAAACCAAAACACCAUCCAGGUACAAGCCCUCUCAACAUCUAACAAUGAAGUGGGGAAGGGAACAUUUGAAACCCUUGUUAUGAUAAUCCGAACUCAGGGAUGGAAACAACUAUUUUCUGGUCUGAGCAUCAAUUAUUUGAAGGUUGCACCUUCUGUGGCAAUAGGAUUUACAGUUUACGAUGCCAUGAAGUCAUGGCUUAAAGUCCCAUCCCGAGAUGAAGCGGCUGUCAUUACAGUACGGGCCGAGAAUAAGAGUAACCAUCCAUCAUCCCUUCACUCAGGCUGAUGAAUACUUGAAAUCACAAAGGCCUGCUUUGCUGUGCAUAUCUUGCUUCUGGUGCAGCUGCUUGCUGAUUCUAUACGUACAGUAUAACCUCACAAAGUUGUACAUCUUCAUUUGUUCAGUUCUGAUCUUUUUAUUUUUAAAGUUCAGCAUAGAUAUCUCAUAUGAUGCUGGUAAAUAAUCCUUCAAUGAGCUUAUGCGGCUGAAGGUAAUGAGCAUCGGACAAUUUAUUUUUCGAACGCUACCCACAGGGUAACAAAAUAUUAAACAAGCAAUUCCCUUGUAUUCCUACAGUUGAGGCAUUUCAGUCCCCCAUGUAUUGAACUGGUGAUUCCUGAUAUUAAUUACAUC